AUAUUCUGGGCGGAGCUUGUGACCUCAUAGAGAGCUCGCAAUAAGUUAUAAUAUUCUUUUUGUCCCCUUUCUCUAACCCUCCGAUAGCUUUCACCGGCCAUGAGUGGUCCACAUAUAGUAAAUUAUCAGGAUAAUUAUUUUCGAAUUGAACUUUUUCUAUGUAUGUAUGAGUAGAUAACAAAUAUAACUACUUAUUAUCAGCAUGGCUACCAGAAAAACAAUCCCGAAGACUCGAAAGCUGAAAACUAAUAACUUUGUUACGAUUUUAGAACAGCACCUAGAUAAGUAUAAUUUGUCGGCCAACUCCACCUUAGAACAAUUAAGAGAACAUGCUCCAGAACUUAAUGCUCAACUACAUGAUUGGACAGACCGCAAGAGCAUUAAAGAUCUUCUUGUCAGAGGCACUAAAAAAAGAAAAGCAUUUAGCAAAGAGCAGAUAGGGGUUCUCGUGCCAGACAAAAGAAAGGAAAAGCUCACCAUAGAAGAAAGGGCAAAAUACUGUGCUAAGGCCGGUACUGCUUUGGACAUUUUCACCCAUCAUUUGGAGUUAGAUCCGAAAAAUAAAGAUGAAAAUGAAAUCGUUGCUGCUGCCUCGCGUCAGUCAACAUUCCGUGUGAAGUUAGCAGAAGGUGGGGUAGAUACCACAACUAUUGAUACCCUUGCUAAAGAUCCAGAACUUAUUCAAGAGUCUAAUAAAAUUCAGAAAGAACGAACUGAUGAGACAAUGGCUAACUCGGAUGGAAUCCCCCCACACUUCUCCUUAGCGAGGGUUCGUGAAAGGCUUCAAAAUAUAGAUACUUCUAAAAUACCUAAUCGAGAGAAUCUCGCAGAUGUGAUUGUGAUGUUGAGCAUGAGACCUUCAGAAGUAUCAUCUCUUCAGAUUAUACACUAUGAACCAGAAUCCGAGGAUCCACCCGCAUGGUAUAAAAGGGGUUAUACUUGGUAUUGCAUAGGUUAUAAAAAGGAUAAGGGGAAGAAGGACCCACGACGAUUUCUCUCUAUGGAAAAGGAUCCAGAACGUGCAAGGGAAUUGCUUAUCUGGAUUCAAGAGGCAAUUAAGGCUAGAAAGUUACGUGAUCCUGUCUACGAUAAAAAUGGGAAACGUAAUAUUGGUAAUGUUAGAAGCUUUAAUGAAUUCUUAAAACAAAAGCCUUAUAAGUCUCUCCCAAAGGAUUUAAGAAAAACAGGAGGUAAACAUGCUUGCAGGACUCAUGGUGGACCCAAAUCGACCCCUCAGCAUCUUAGCAAUCUCACAAAAAUCGCAUUAAGACAUUAUAUAGGUCUCGAUGCAGGAAAUAAUUAUUCUAAAGGUGAUACGGAAACAGAAGACUCAGAAUCUGAUCACAACCCAGAGUCGGAAUCGGAGUCUGCAGAAAAUGAUGAAAUAUCUGAUAUUAUCAAUAUAUAUCGCAUGGCUAUGACAAAAGCAACCCCAAAGGCCCGAAAACCCAAAACAAAUAACUUUAAAUCGAUCCUAGAGCAGUUUUCAGAAAAAUAUAACUUAUCUGCUAAGUCCAGUCCAAAGCAACUGAGUAAACACAACAAAGAACUUGGUGUUUCAUUACAGGGUUGGGAGGCCCGCAAAUGUGUCAAAGAUCUCCUAACCCGGCGCAAAUAUAGUAAAAAGAAGAAAGAGUCUCUCGUACCAGAUAAAAGAAAGGAGAAGUUUACUAUAGAGAAAAGGGCAGAAUAUUGUGCCAAGACUGGUAAUAAGUGGGAUAUUCACCGCUAUAGUAUAAAUUUAGGACCGAAAAAUAAUGAUAGAAAAGAAGUCAUAGCAAGUGCCUCACGACAAUACCGAUUUCGAGAGGAAUUAGCAAAAGCCGGAGUGAAUCCUGAAAUUAUUAAUAACUAUGCCAGAGAUCCAGCUCUUAUUCAACAAUCUAAUAAAAUCCAAAAAGAGCGCUGA